AUGCUGAAUUGCAUUGGGAUUAAUCGUGUGGAUAAUUCGUCCGAGCUCGAACCCAGCUCGGACGACGGACGAGGCGAAAAAGUGAAGUUUCUAUGUUGUCACGCCAAUUCUCUGUCUGAGUAUGGUCCUUCUCGCUUCACGUUUGCUGUCAACUUUCGGCAGCUCGAGAGCCGUCGCUUAAGGCCUCACUCGGCCGCCACUGCUGGCCUCGCGAUGCGCAUCAUCGCCUCAUGGCCUUCUCUGGGGCAGAACUUUUGCCUAAUCUAA